ACAGGCCAGGCAAAUAUGUAGCAUUUCGAUGCUGAUGCCCCAGCUACUACGUCAUGAAAUCCAGUUAACAUGAUUGGACAAUUCCCACCACGCAAGGCCACCCAUCAACACCAAUACUAAUGACUCCAAAAUGCAUUCACACCACACGCAACACUUGUACCACACUCACUAGUUCCUACCAUCUCUUACAAUCAUGGCCCGCAUCCUCAUAACCGGCUCGUCCGACGGCCUCGGCCUCGCCGCUGCCCAGCGCCUCAUAUCCCAAGGCCACACCGUCGUCCUACACGCCCGCAACCCACAGCGCGCCGCCGACGCCACCACCGCCUGUCCCGGUGCCGAAACAGUCGUAACAGGCGACCUAUCCAGCCUCUCUGAAACCAAGGACCUAGCAGCUCAAGUCAACAAAUUGGGUAGCUUUGACGCUAUAAUCCAUAACGCAGGCUUAUUCCGUGGUCCGGUGCGUAAAACAAACGAGGGCAUCCCCGCGCUGGCGGCUGUAAAUACAAUUGCGCCGUACGUUCUUACUUGUCUGAUUAAUCGCCCCAAACGCCUGGUUUUCUUGUCCUCGGAAAUGCACAAGUAUGCUGCAGCGAAGGAGCUGGAUGAUCCGCUGUGGAAGACGCGCGGAGACGCGGCGUAUAGCGAGAACGCCGCGUAUUGUGCGAGCAAGCUGCACAACGUCAUGUUUGCCAAGGCGUUUGCGCGCAGGUGGCCGGAGGUCAGGAGUAAUGCGUUGGAUCCUGGGUGGGUGGCCACGAAGAUGGGGGGUAGUUCUGCGCCGGAGAGUAUUGAUGCGGCGGUUGAGAGUUAUGUUAUGCUUUCGGUAGGGGAGGAAGAGGAGGCGGCGAAGAAGAGUGGGUGCUAUUUUCAUCCUAGUAAGCGGGAGGGAAAGCCGCUGGAGGCUGCGGAGGAUGAGAAGGCGCAGGAUAGGUUGUUGGAGGUUUGUGCGGAGUUUUCUGGCGUUGGACUGCCGUGAUAUGUUGACACGAUCAAGUGGUAAUGCAUGAUUACAAUUAAAAUUUACCAGUAAAAGUAUAUAUUGUUACGCCAACAACUUCGUUAGAACCUCAUUGUCU